CGAAACCAGUCCUGACUCCUGUUAUCUCGACCUCACCGUGGGCAGAUUCUUAAAUUGUAGUGGUCACAUUAUCAUUGAAAAUAGUUGUUUAUGACAUAAUAUAAUAUUAUAAUAUAUAUAGGCAUAUAGCUGCUAUAGAAGCGUCCCGCGUCAGCUGUCAAGACUCAAGUCACAAGUGUAAACUCCCAAGCAAACGUAAAUUACCUAUUAAGAAUUUGUUUAUGAAUUUAACACAAAAAUACUGAAGUCAAGAGCACGUACAAAUUACGUUUAUUACAACUUGCUCCAAGAUUCGAAUGGUAGUAAAUAAGUGUAAAAUACUAAAGUCUUUUUAGUAAAAUUAUCAAAUCACUAUGAUUGAAAUCACCUGCAAUGACAGAUUGGGAAAAAAAGUGAGAGUCAAGUGUAAUCCUGAAGACACUAUUGGUGAUUUAAAAAAACUGAUUGCCGCACAAACUGGGACAAAAUGGGAAAAGAUUAUUUUGAAGAAAUGGUAUACAAUUUUCAAGGAUCAUAUAAGACUACAAGAUUAUGAAAUUCACGAUGGAAUGAACAUUGAAUUAUACUAUCAAUAAAGUAUUGAAUAAAUGCAAAUAUAAUAAUUAAUAAUUUAUGUAAAUAUAUAUUUUGAGUUAGUAAAUGAACACAAUUAUUGACAUCAAGGAAUAAAUAAUUUUUUUUAUUGUG